GUGUCACUUCAGUCUCCUUGUGUGGGUUUUGGCUCUGAUCUUUAUAGCUGAGGUGUGAUCAUCUGCACUGAUUCGGACUCUCUGAUCUCUCACUGUAAAACAAACCAUCUCAAGCACAUUAAAUGAACAUAUUAUAAGCCAUAUUCUCUCCCUCUGACAAACACAAACAGAGAAAUAUGUACCUUUCCACUGAGCUGUUAUGGAUUCAUUGCUGCGUUAUAUUCUCUCGGGCACUCAUCUUACCUCUACACUAAUUGCUGACCCUUUUUUAUCUUUCUGUCCAUUCCAGAUCAAGAAUGGAGUCAUUAAACCAAUCUGGGUUGGUGGGGACAAUCCCAGGGGAUUAUAACUCCACUUUUGGAAUGGGAUUUUCAGGAAGUCCAGUUGGGAAUUACACUGGCAAUGUGUCCGAUCAAAGCAUGCCGUUUCAAGGUAGCAGCACGAUGAUUACUGCGGUCAUAUCAUUCACUGUGUUCAUCGUUGGACUCACUGGCAACACUCUGGCUAUCUACGUAGUUUUGCGUUAUGCUAAGAUGAAAACUGUUACAAACAUCUACAUUUUAAACUUGGCCGUGGCCGAUGAGCUGUAUAUUUUGGGCCUUCCAUUCCUUACGACGCAAAACGUACUUUCCUACUGGCCGUUUGGCUCAUUCCUGUGUCGUGUCGUUAUGACGGCAGACUCGUUAAAUCAAUUCACAAGCAUCUUCUGUUUGACAGUGAUGAGUAUUGAUCGCUAUUUAGCAGUGGUGCAUCCUAUCCGCUCCACUAAGUGGCGCCGACCACGAGUAGCUAAAGCAGUUAGCGCAGCGGUGUGGGCGUUUUCCUUCAUCGUUGUUCUCCCCGUGGUGAUAUUCUCUGAUGUUCAGGACACGUUUAACUCAUGCAACAUGAGUUGGCCGGAACCACGAGACAUUUGGUCGACGGCAUUCAUACUUUACACAGCCACGCUCGGAUUCUUCGGCCCCCUGCUGGUCAUCUGCAUGUGUUACCUGCUCAUCGUAGUCAAGGUGAAGUCGUCUGGUGCGCGGGCGGGAUUUACGAAGCGCAGACGCUCCGAGCGAAAGGUGACCCGCAUGGUGGUGGUGAUCGUGGUGGUGUUCGUCCUCUGCUGGCUGCCGUUCUACAUCAUCAACAUCGUAAACCUAUUCUUCAUACUCCCGGAGAACAGCGUGAUGGCCGGGGUGUAUUUUUUUGCCGUUAUCCUGUCGUAUGCAAACAGCUGUGCCAAUCCGCUACUCUAUGGGUUCUUGUCUGACAACUUCAAGCAGAGUUUCCGGAAGGUGCUGUGUGUGCGCAAGACAAACGGCGUGGAGGAUGGCGAUCCCAGUGUGCCACGGACGGAGAAAACGACGACCCAAGAUACCUCCCUGGCACCUCGGAACAAUGACUUUAAUGGACACGCACAGGGCAGCCAGGAUCUGCAGUUAGAGUCUUGCAUGAGCGCAUCUGAGAAGCCUCAGCCUGCAAGACCCCAGAUCAUUGGCCAGUCCACUCUCUAAACGCUGUUUCUCUCUGUCUGUCCUUUCCAUCUUUAUUUCGUCUCCUUUCCUGUGCUCUCUUGUCUUAUCGUCUCUCUGUUCAUCCCUUCAAUUUGUCUGUCUGUCCGCCUGUCUCUUCUUCUGACUUUUUGUGGAAGGUGUGGCCUGAGCCUCAAGCCACGCCCCUGAAUGUGCCAGUGACUCCGCCCUCCCACGCAGCAGAGCUCAGCCUCCACCCGGUGCCCGCUGUCUCUACGCCCAGCUCCAGCCAUGACCUGUGACCCCAGGGGGUCGUGAGGGCCCAUUCGAACAAUGCCAGGAUACUUUGUUUUGGGUGGAGGGUCCAGUGUGUUCUGGAAACACAGGGUCUUCAUGCACACGGAAACCUGGAAAUGUCAGGAAUUUUAAAGCCGUCUGGAAAAUUCUGUGUUGAAUUUAAAUGCUUUAUAAUAUUUAAGCAGUUAAGAAUUACUAUUUGUGAAUUUGUAAAACACUAUUAAAAACCUUGAGUCUGAGGCCACCAGUGAAAAUCUGUUUCGUGUUUUUAGAAUUUAAUAAAAUCCCUUUUAAAGUUUCUGUUUUAUGAUUAUGUGCAUAAUCAUUGACUUUCUCCAGCAUGACUUAAAAAGGAAUAAUGGAGGGUCUGAAAUCUUAUAAAUGUCAUUUUACAUUUAUUUGUUUUGAAAAAUGUUUGAAUCCAAAUUUACUUUCUGGAUUAGAUUACAUUUUGAAUCCCAGAUUUUCAACGUGGUCUCAGACUUUUGGGCCCAACUUUUAAAGAGUUUUAAGAAAGGAUGAAAAAGAAACAGAAGAGGGAUUUAGAAGAGAGACAGGACUUCAGAUGCAAGUGAAGGGGACUGAAGGAGAUGAUG